AUGGCGCUGGCCUGUCGCAAGGCUGGGCUCGAGGCUCUGUUUCUUUUCCUCGCCGGGUCUUCCUGUCUUCUGCUCUCCUCCUGUUCUCCUCUUGAGGCUCUGACUUCCUCAGGUCACACUUCGAAAAUGCCAGGCAGGGCGCCUUUUCCAGUCCGACUAGUCUUGUUGCUCUACACUGCGCUACUCGUCAGCCAGUCCACUGCGACAUGUUUCUUUCCAAGUGGAGAUGAGGCGCCAGAUGACGUGCAAUGUGAACCUGGCGAUGACAGCGCCUGCUGUGGCAAAGGAGCAAUCUGCCUGGACAAUGGUCUCUGUCUGUCCCAGGAACAGCCUUUCGGUAUUUCGCGUGGCAGCUGCACAGACGACAAGUUCGAGACUGGCAAAUGCACCCAGCAUUGCACCGAUGUACAGAUGGAGACCGGAGUUGCCAUCGUGCUAUACAAUGUCACAGAGACCAGUGACAUCCUGUACUGCUGCAACUCCAUUGUCAACAGGCCCGAGGAAGAGUUCCCAGCAUGCGAUUCAGGCGAGCCCUUUACAAUCGAAUCGGGGAAAUUCAUGCCGGGGGUGGCGCUAUUGGAAGGCUACGUGAAAGCGUCCGACGCCAACAACAGCAGCAGCAGCAGCAGCGACAGCGACAGCAACAGCAACAGCAGCGACACAAACACCACGAGCUGCUCAGAUAUCAAAGACACGCAGGAUGCCGGCUCAUCAAACAACGACGUUGCGAUCGGUGCAGGAGUUGGGGUGCCGCUGGGCGUGAUUGCCCUUGUAUCCAUUGCAUGGGCCUUAUACGAGCGGAGUCAACGGAAGAAGCUCCUGCAAUCAACACCACCGACAAUUACCACAGUCGGUCCCUUUCCUGCUGAAAAUAAGCCAUGGGCUCAUCAUGAGCUCCCCUCGACCAACCAGGUUGCCGCCGAGUUGCCAUCCCCGCCCGUUGACCGGUAA